AUGCAGAAAGAACGAAAAGUCCUUCUUGGCUUUGGCCUCACGUUGAUCGGCGUCACAGGUGCGCUGGGCAUUUACCUGCCGCGGUACAGUACGAUGGCCCAAGUGGGUCGAGACCGCACGUCUCGCUCGCGCGGACCUGCCGAGAAAAACGGAGACACACGAGCUCAGUCGUCCACGCGAUCGUCCUCGACGGUGCACCACACGGAAACGAAGCAGGAGUAG